CCGAGGGUGGAAUUCGAGAAUAACAUCAGGAACAAAAACAUAUCGCCCCACGCAUUUGCGAAAGAAUUUUGUGUGCCUGCUAAAAGAAAAAUCAGUUAAAAUGGCUAGCGGCGAGAAUCCCGAUCAACCGAGACAGCCUCGCAACCUGCAAGGUUUACUGAAAUUCGCAAUGGAAGCUACCAAAAGCGAAGAUGCACCACAUCCAGCACAGCUUCAGCCGUUGGACGAAGAAAGGCGAAAGUUUCUCGAGGAAGCACUCAAAUCCCUUACCGUCGAUGUCGUGCAGGAGCUAGAAAAAUCGAUGAAUAUACUGCUGGACAACGAAUCAGAAGAGCAAGCGAAGAUUGAAGCAUUAGAAACCGUGACAGACUUCGUAGAGGAUAUAGACACAGCGAACGAUUUCUUUAAAGUGGGUGGAUUCGUUAUUAUAAAGCCAGGACUUGAAUCACGCAGUGUGGAGGUUCGCAGCCGAACGCUACGGUUAAUAGGAGCACUGGCACAGUGCAAUCCUUUCUGCCAGCAGCAUUUGCUGGAGCUGAACAUAUUGCCACAGCUGAUCGAGUUGCUUGCGGACGAAUUGCCCGUCGCACAGGAUGCCGUAUCUGCUGUGUCUGCUAUGGUGCGACAGUACGAACCCUGUGCGGCGGCAUUUAUCGAUAUCGGUGGUCUGGAGUGCAUUAUGAAAUGUUUACACUCGGAUGAUGAAAAGAUGUGCACCAGGUCAUCAUUUCUGAUGGUCUCCCUGUGUAAGGAAUACGCACCGGUUAUGGAUAAGUUUAUAAAGCUAAAUGCGAUCGAAUGUGUGCUGACGUGGAUUGAGCUUUCCGAUCGGAAGCUGCAAACAGGACUCUCCGUUCUGACAACGUUUGCCGAGAGAAAGGAGGGCGUUCAGCGAUGCCGAGCAGACGGUACCCUGAAAGAGAAGCUGGACAUGAUUAUUGAGCUGGGAGGUGGGAAAACUCAAUAUUGGGCACCACUCGAUUUCGCUAAAACUCUGCUGAAACUCUGUUAUUCUGGUGAGCAGGAUGGCGCCGACCGAUAGACUGUUAUUGCGAAUCAAAUGUACAACGCAGAUGAAUGUUGUUUUUUUUACAAUAAAAUCGUUUUCACCUUCCCUCGAACUGUGAAA